AUGAAGCCAGGCAAUGAUGGAAAUGUUUCACAAUUUAUUCUUCUGGGAUUCUCAGAGGAUCCAAAACUGCAGCCCCUCAUCUUUGGACUUUUUCUCUCCAUGUACCUGACCACCGUGCUGGGGAACCUGCUCAUCAUCCUGGCCGUCAGCUCAGACCCCCACCUUCACACGCCCAUGUACUUCUUCCUGUCCAACCUGUCCUUCGUGGACAUCUGCUUCACCUCCACCACCGUCCCUCACAUGCUAUUGAGUAUACACAGAGAAAGGAAAGCAACAACCUAUGAAGGGUGCAUCACACAGAUGUAUUUUGUUGGUACCUUCACAGUGUUAGAUAACUUUCUCCUGGCAGUGAUGGCCUAUGACCGAUUUGUGGCCAUCUGCCACCCCCUGCACUAUACAGUCAUCAUGAACCCCCGAUUCUGUGGACUGCUGGUUCUUGGAUCGUGGAUCAUGAGUAGUCUGGCAUGUUUGUUACAGAACAUAUUAGCAUUACGCUUGUCCUUCUGUACAUAUUUAGAAAUUCCCAACUUUUUUUGUGAACUCAAGUUGAUAGUCCAGGUUGCCUGUUCAGACACCUUUGUUAAUAAUGUGGUGAUGUAUUUUUCAGUUGUUCUGCUGGGUGGGGGGCCCCUAGCUGGGAUCCUUUACUCUUACUCUAAGAUAGUUUCCUCUAUAGGUAGAAUCACAUCCGCUCAGGGGAAAUUGAAAGCCUUUUCUACGUGUGCAUCUCACCUCUCAGUGGUCUCUCUAUUCUACUGCUCUUGUCUUGGAGUGUAUCUAAGCUCUGCUGCUACCCACAGCUCACAGUCCAGUUCAACAGCCUCUGCCAUGUACACUGUGGUCACCCCCAUGCUGAACCCCUUCAUCUACAGUCUGAGAAACAGAGACAUAAAGAGGGCCCUGAGUGCAUUCUUGGUGAAGGGAACUACAAAAGGACUCUUGUCUUAG